CGAUUUCGUGAUUCGAAUGUUAUGAAGAUCUUUUUAUGUCACGUUUGACUUAUUUGAUUGCAGUCACGGAAAGGUUAAAUCAAAGAUGUCUUCAAUCAAAUAUCUCUCAACAGGCAGCGCUGAAAGAACAUUGCUUGGUCUUCACUCGAUGUUUGAACAAAGGCAGCUUUGUGAUGUCACUCUCAAAACUGACGACGGACUCACUAUAAAUGUACAUCGUAAUGUUCUAGCUGCUACUUGCCCGUAUUUUCGAGCUAUGUUUACUGGUCAUUUAGUUGAAAGUUCAAAAGAUCAAGUAGUGUUGAAAGGAAUUGAUGGUAAAGCGUUGGAAGCCAUCAUAAGAUUCAUCUAUACCAGUGCUAUUUGCAUCAACGAUGACAAUGUUGAGAACCUGCUAAGCGCAGCUAGUGUAUUUCAGAUAUUAGAGAUUAUUAAUGUGUGUAGUGAGUUCUUAAAAGAACAGCUUCACCCUUCGAACUGCUUAGGAAUCGCUAACAUUGCCGAUCGCUUUGCAUGCGAGGAACUCCUCAACGAAGCCAGUAAAUUUACUGUUAAAAACUUCAACCAAGUCGUCAAAUACGAGGAGUACAAACGCCUGUCUUUGGAAGAAGUAAAGGACUUGUUACUGGAUGAGAAUAUCUGUGUUAGCUCUGAGGAAGAUGUCUUUGAGGCAGCUAUGGUAUGGAUUAUGACAUCUAAAAGUCGAUACACUGCCCUUGUAGAGAUAUUGAGCUGCGUCCGUCUUCCAAUCCUCUCACCAGAGUACCUAUCAUCAAAUGUUUUAAGCAAUAGUCUUUUACAAGAAAACGAUGAAUGCCGUCACAUGAUACAAGAGGCUGUUGAUUAUGCAAUGUCACCAUCAUCUGAAAAACGCAAGCAGGUCACUAUACAAAGAAUGCAGCCACGGGUCCCUACCGGUUUUUCUGAUGUCCUUGUAGCUUUGGGUGGACUGUAUUCAGGAGAAGCAGUAGCAUCAGCCGAGAGAUACAACCUUUACACUGAUGAAUGGCUAAGUUUUCCUUCUAUGAAUACAUCAAGAUAUGGAUUCGCAGUAAGUCAGGUCAGAGGGCACAUCUAUUGCUUAGGGGGAUAUCACAAUGGCCAGUUCUUGAACACAGUUGAGAGCUAUAACCCUGAAACUGAUUCAUGGAAAAUAGAAAAGCCAAUGUUCUGUGAGCGGAAGUACUUUGGAGCAGCGUCAUUAUGUGGUAAGAUAUUUGCAGUUGGAGGAUCUAAUGGUAAUGAAAGAUUGAAUAGUGUAGAAUGUUAUGACCAUUUUACCAAUAAAUGGACAAUGACUAGACCAAUGCUAACACCUCGUAUGUACCAUGGCGUUGCAACUCUUGGUGGGUUAUUGUACGUGGUUGGUGGUCACAGUGGUGCAAACAGACUUUGUUCAAUGGAGUGCUAUGAUCCACAAACAGAUAUCUGGACAAAAGUUGCUUCUAUGAGCAAGUCAAGGUCUGUAGCUGGUAUAGCAGCACUUGAUGGUAAACUCUACGUCAUAGGAGGCUUUGAUGGUCAUGAUUACCUGAAAGAUGUGGAAUACUAUGACCCACAGACUGACACAUGGACAGAAACCCAGCCACUUAACAGAGCACGCUCAGCAGCAUGUGUGACAGUAAUGAAGGACAGAAUCUUUGUACUUGGUGGAUUCAAUGGCCAGUUUCUUGAUUCUGUGGAAGUGUAUGACCCAAGGGUGGGUGGGUGGAGAUUUGUGUCAACUAUGUCUAUACCCAGAGUGCAUUUUGGUGCUGCAGUGAUAUGAUAUCAAUAAUCAUGACUUGUCAGUACUAGUGACUGAUAACAGUCUAAGGCUAGUUCAUAUAAGAGUGCAUUGGUGAAACCAAGUGUUAUGUGUGAUAGACCCCCCAAAAAUAUUCAGUAAUUAUUGAUAAUUUCUAGUGAAAGUGUUUAUUAUGAAAAAAUAACAAGGGUUUGAAAUGAUAUAACCCUAGCUUAUUACUAUUAUUGGAAGUAACUGAUAAAUUAGGUUGUAUUAAAGUAUAAUUUUAAUAUAACGUUAUCAAACGAUAAUAAAUAAUACUAAAAAUACAAAAAACAUCGGUAUAUAUUUUUAACGUUUUAGGUUUUUAAAGUGAGUUCAGUUGUAAUUAGUCUAAAUAAUAUUGAAAUUGUCAAAAACUAAGAAUUGAAUAAAAACAUCAUACUUGCCAAAGCGUUUUGCAUCGUGACUGCCACAUUGU